AUGUCUGGAACAUUUAGUUAUGACGUGAAAACAGAAGAGAACCAGCCCUCGUUCGAGUACAAUUCUGCUUAUUCUCCGAGAGUGUCAUAUCACUUCAACUCCAAAGUCUCACAUUACCAUUAUGGUGUGAAGCAUCCCAUGAAGCCGUUUCGAUUGAUGCUAACGGAUCACUUAGUUUCCUCUUAUGGAUUGCACAAGAUUAUGGACCUUUAUGAAACAAGAAGUGCUACCAGGGACGAAUUACUUCAAUUCCACUCAGAAGACUAUGUCAAUUUUCUUUCCAAGGUUUCACCAGAUAAUGCAAACAAGCUGCCCAGAGGAACGUUGGAAAAUUUCAAUAUUGGAGAUGAUUGCCCUAUUUUUCAGAAUUUAUACGAUUAUACAACCUUAUACACUGGUGCCAGUCUUGAUGCCACUAGAAAACUAAUUAACAACCAAUCUGACAUAGCAAUAAAUUGGUCUGGUGGUCUGCAUCAUGCAAAAAAGAAUAGCCCGUCCGGGUUUUGUUACGUGAAUGAUAUUGUGCUCUCUAUUCUAAAUUUAUUACGAUAUCAUCCAAGAAUCCUUUACAUCGAUAUCGAUCUACAUCACGGUGACGGUGUCCAAGAAGCAUUCUAUACCACAGAUAGAGUGUUUACGUUGUCAUUCCAUAAGUACAACGGUGAAUUUUUCCCAGGAACGGGUGAUCUGACAGAGAUCGGCUGCGAUAAAGGAAAGCACUUUGCCCUAAACGUACCGCUAGAAGAUGGCAUAGAUGAUGACUCGUAUAUAAAUCUUUUCAAGUCAAUUGUAGAUCCCCUAAUAAUUACCUUUAAACCAACCCUCAUUGUUCAACAAUGCGGUGCGGAUUCCUUAGGUCAUGAUCGCUUGGGAUGCUUUAAUUUGAAUAUAAAGGCGCAUGGGGAAUGCGUAAAAUUUGUGAAAUCAUUUGGUCUACCAAUGCUAGUAGUGGGCGGUGGAGGUUACACACCAAGAAAUGUUUCACGGCUUUGGACUUACGAGACAGGAAUUUUAAAUGAUGUGUUGCUACCAGAAAACAUCCCUGAAGAUAUCCCAUUCCGGGACUCUUUCGGGCCGGAUUAUUCACUUUAUCCUGUACUAGAUGACUUGUACGAAAACAAGAACAGCAAAAAACUUCUAGAAGACAUCCGAAUACGAUGCCUAGAAAAUAUCAGGUAUCUACAGGGUGCACCUAGUGUGAGAAUGGAUGCUGAGUGCAUACCGACUCAAGAUAUAAGUGCCCUGACGGAAGAGGAGGACAAAAUCAUUCAAGAGAUGAAUGAAGAAUCUGAUACAGACAGUUCAACUAGACUAGAACAAAUCGAGAAGGAGAAUAGUGGGUUGAUUGCCUUUUCAUAG